CUCCAGAGGUGCAGCAGCAGCCUCGCGCACCACAUUGUUUCUAUGUACGUGCCGUCACAGUGCAGACAGAGGUUGUAAAUAUGGCGGCGGACGGAAUGGUGCUCACCAACCACGACCAUCAGACCCGAGUGGGCAUUCUGACGGUCAGUGACAGCUGUUACAAGAACUUGGCUGAGGACAGGAGCGGAAUCAACCUGAAAGACCUGGUCCAUGACCCCUCACUGUUGGGAGGAGUCAUAGCAGCCUACAAAGUAGUUCCAGAUGAAAUCGAUGAAAUCAAGGACACUCUCUUGGAGUGGUGCGAUGAACAGGAGCUGAACCUCAUUCUGACUACUGGAGGAACUGGCUUUGCACCACGAGAUGUAACACCUGAGGCAACCAGAGAGGUGAUAGAGCGAGAGGCCCCAGGUAUGGCUCUGGCCAUGCUUAUGGGAUCCCUCAACGUAACACCACUCGGCAUGCUGUCCAGGCCGGUGUGUGGUAUCCGUGGUAAGACUUUGAUCAUCAACCUGCCAGGAAGCAAGAAGGGCUCUCAGGAGUGUUUUCAGUUCAUCUUGCCCGCUCUGCCCCAUGCCAUUGACCUGCUGCGGGAUGCAACGGUCAGAAUUAAAUACACACAUGCCGCUUUGGAGCAGCUGCCGUCCCCUUCCUCUUUGCUGGCCAACACACACAUCAACACUCACAACAACAUGCACACCAUGGAGCGCGGCACCCAGUGUGAGGAUGAGGACGAUGAGGAGGAGGACAUUAGGAGAGGUCACCAUGUGCACAACCACCACCAUCCCCAGCAUGGCUCCUCCCACAUCACCGCAGCUGCUAUUGCUGCCAAGACAAGCCAUGCUGUGGUCAUGGCUAAGGGGGGUCCCUAUCUGCCUGGCACCACACCCGCCCCACCCACUCAUUACACCUGCUCCUGUACUCAUGACCAGCAGAUCCCGGACUCUAUCAUUUCUCGAGGCGUUCAGGUGCUUCCUCGAGAUUCAGCCUCUUUAAGCUCCACCCCUUCCGAGUCACCACGGGCGACCCAGGCAACCUCCCGCCUUUCAACCGCCUCCUGCCCGACACCCAAGGUUCAGUCACGAUGUGGCAGUAAUGAGAACAUUCUGAGAGCAAGCCACAGUGCAGUGGACAUAAGUAAAGUGGCACGUCGUCAUCGCAUGUCCCCGUUCCCAUUGACGUCAAUGGACAAAGCCUUCAUCACUGUUCUAGAGAUGACACCUAUUCUGGGAGUUGAAGUCAUUAACUACAGAGACGGUUUGGGUCGAGUGCUUGCUCAGGACAUCUACGCCAAAGACAACCUUCCUCCGUUCCCCGCCUCUGUUAAAGAUGGCUAUGCAGUGCGAGCUGCUGAUGGCCCCGGAGAUCGCUUCAUCAUGGGAGAAUCACAGGCUGGACAACAGCCCACCCAUACAGUGAUGCCAGGUCAGGUGAUGAGGGUGACAACCGGUGCUCCCAUUCCAUGUGGAGCUGAUGCUGUGGUCCAAGUAGAAGAUACCGAGCUGCUGAGGGAGUCUGAGGAUGGCACAGAGGAGUUGGAGGUGAGGAUUAUGGUUCAGGCCCGGCCAGGACAGGACAUCAGGCCAAUAGGUCAUGACAUCAGGCGAGGCGAGUGUGUGCUGUCUAAAGGAACACACAUGGGUCCGUCAGAGAUUGGCUUGCUGGCUACAGUUGGAGUGACUGAGGUCAGCGUGCACAAGUUUCCUGUGGUGGCUGUGAUGUCCACUGGAAAUGAGCUGUUGAAUCCAGAGGAUGACCUCCACCCAGGGAAGAUCAGAGACUCUAACCGCUCCACUCUUCUGGCCACCAUUCAGGAGCAUGGCUACCCCACCAUCAACCUGGGCAUCGUUGGAGACAACCCUGAUGAUCUGCUGUCAGCUCUCCAUGAGGGAAUCAGUCGUGCCGACGUCAUCAUCACCUCAGGAGGCGUGUCCAUGGGAGAGAAGGACUACCUAAAGCAGGUGCUGGAUAUUGAUCUACAUGCUCAGAUCCACUUUGGUCGAGUCUUUAUGAAGCCAGGUCUUCCUACUACCUUUGCCACAGCUGACAUUGAUGGAGCUCGGAAACUCAUCUUUGCUCUGCCAGGUAACCCAGUGUCUGCAGUGGUGACUUGUAACCUGUUUGUGAUUCCUGCUCUGAGGAAGAUGCAAGGCAUUCUGGAUCCUAGACCUACUAUCAUUAAAGCUAGGCUUUCCUGUGACGUCAAGCUGGAUCCAAGACCAGAGUAUCACCGCUGUAUUCUCACCUGGCAUCACCAGGAGCCACUGCCCUGGGCACAGAGCACAGGUAACCAGGUAUCCAGUAGGCUCAUGUCAAUGCGUAGCGCCAACGGCCUGCUGAUGUUGCCUCCUAAAACAGAGCAGUAUGUGGAGCUACAUAAGGGAGAGGUCGUUGACGUCAUGGUGAUCGGACGACUAUGAUGCAGACUUCAAUGUCACUCCCUACCGAUAACCAUGGCAGUGCCAGGACUUCCUGUCUGGACAGGAUAUGGGCGGGGGCAGGAAGCGAUGCAUGUCUACCUGGUCGCCAUUAGCUGUGAUGUCAUAUGCAACAGCCAAUUGGAGCCAGCGUGGGCUGAAUCCUCAUUGGUCUGCUCUGAGGAGAUCACUGUAUUUCAAUGAAGAAAAAAAAAGUGAAAAGAAAUAUAUAAAAUAUGAGAUUUAUUCUGUAAUAUUAUUAUUACUAUCCUGAUGAUAAUGAUUAUUAAUAUUCUUAAUUAAUAUUCUAUUUAUUAUUAUUGAUUGAAUAGUAACCAUUCCCUCUUCUUUCCUGUUCAUUUGCUUUGUGAGUUUCCCUGGUAGAUAUAGAGACGUAAACUUCCCUUUCCUUCCUUCAUUUCUCCUGACCUCUCUUCUUCUUCUUCUUCUUCUUCUUCUUCUUCUUCUUCUUCUUCUUCUUCUUCUUCUUCUUCUUCUUCUUCUUCUUCCUCGUCUUCUUCUUCUUUUUCUUCUUUUUCUACUCCUGCCUCUGUUCUGGCGCCCCCUAUUAAGAUAUAGAAGCUCCCUAUCCUGCAGUAUUACUACAUCUCCUCUUACAACACACUGACCCUAACAUGAAUAUUGAUCUAAAGGCUUAUAAGGACAACCUCUGAUGAAAGCUGCUGAAAUAGUUUGUGCCAGUACAGAAAAAAUAUAUAUACAUUUGUUGCCAAAAGAGGAAAAAAAUAAUAAAAGGAUCCUUUGUAUUGUUUUGUCCAGAUACAGUAUGAAAACACUUUUGAGACCAUACUGAGACCCUGAAUCCCAUUGUGACUCUCAGUGAAAGCCAUGAAACUCUUGUAAGUGGCUCAGCUUUAAGGCAGAGUGAGGCUGGACCUCCAUCCUCACUCACCACACCAGAACCCUCUGCUCCGACAUCAAAUCUGAACAAAAUCCCGAUGCUAUAUUACACAACGCAGACCCUGCAUUCAAGUGGUGUUUGAUUUACAUAAGGUUUACAACUACAACAUGUCUAUACUUUGUCAGUUUUUGUUCAUUUUUAAAACUAUAAAAAAGAUAUGGCUGACUUUGUUCCAUAUUUUUCAUAUGGUCAUGAAAUCUCAUGAAAAGACUAAAACACGUUGUGAGGGAAACACUCACUGAAGUAAAAGUACAAAUAAAUAGACACAAAUUUACACAUUAUCGUUUCUACUUUAGUAAAAAGUACUUGCUUUUAAAUAUACUUUAAGUAUCAAAAGUCUAAGUAUAGUUGAGUCUAAUAUGUUACCUAAUGCAACAGUCUACCACAUCUUUAUGUCUGAGUCUCUGUUGUGUUUCUUCAUUAGUGACUGAUUCUGCAGCAGGAGGCAGGGUCUAAUGGUACUUUCCCACUUUGAUCGGAUCAGGGGAUUGAUUCUCUUGUAGUCGUUGAUUACUUUAAAAUUAUAAAUGAUAAGUGAUCAUGUAACACAGUGCAUUGUUAACAUGUAGUGGAGUUCAAAUAACAGAUUUGUUGAUAUUUUUAGAGUGAAAUGUACUGGGAAACUAAUCUACUUAAGUAAAGAACAGAUUUAAGAAAAAUUACUAUUUAAAUUCAACUGAUUCCUACUGACGGAAAAUUGAACUGCAACACUCUGACAAGACUUAAUCGAAACUAGAAGUGAGGGUGUGUGGGUUGGCAGCUGGCCACGCUCUUUCCAAGUGUUACAUAAUCCACCUACCACUGUCACUACUCGUUUAAAAUGUAUUGCUCCACCUCUACCCAAUAACAGCUGGGUAUUGUAGUCUUAGCAAAUGCUACUUCAAUAUUAGUUCCUACAUAAGUAAAUGGGACAUUUACUGUGGUUUGCUUUCAGCAGCAGACUCAUCAUUUGGUGCUAGAUUGAGUAUCUCUGACAGUAGAACAGUGUGCGGAAGCAUGUGUGUGUAGGUUUUUACUGUGUCACAUAGGAUUACAAAUAUUGUUGGUUUUGGUCUUUUCAUGGGAUCUAGUGAAAAUAAUAUGGAAUAUUAUCAUUCUGUCAGCAGCCAAAGAUUACUAUACCUAGUCAACAGCUUAUGUCAGAGACUGGCUUUGCUUUGUGUUCUGGCUAAUCAGGAGCCUCCAUCUUUUUUCAAGUUUUUACCUACAAACCAUAGGGACGUGGACAACAGAAGUCCAAGUGACAAGACAUGUGUCAAACUCAGAGAAACUCUGACGUGACAUCGCUUGAAAGCAGGAUGUCACAUUCAGGUGCUCGUAAACUGUACAACUAGUGUAUUUCUACCACAAUGGUGUUAAGGUGCUUGUCGAAGUCGGUGCAGUUCAAGGCUGUAAAUCAAACUACAACAUGUGACCGCUUCGCUCUCGAUGUACUGUACUGUAGUCUGAGCAACACUGAGACAUCUAGAAAACCUUCUGUGAGAUUCAGCCCAUGACUAGUUUAUUUAACAAGCAAGUAGAGCUACAGCGUCCUGCUGAUUAAAGACCAACCUUAAAUUGUUUACCAGUUAACAAGGAUCAUUCAAAUGCAUCAUAUGCAGUGUGUGAGUUAUACACAUUCACUUAUGCCCCAUACCUUCUCCCCUCUACUUCCUCUGAUUCUCCCUGUCAGAUUGAUCAGUGCAAAACAACCCCUUAUGGUCAAAGGUCUGAUUCUGCAUUCAGGUCAUGGUGGAAACGCUCGUAUUUAAAUGUAAUGGUACUUUACAACACCCACAUGACAUUGUUUGAGUUUUUCUGAUGUCAUUCCCCCUGAUGAUCAUAGUUAAGACAUUCUUUCCAGAUAAGAACCUUGUGUCUACAAAAUAAUUUUGACCUGAAUACCACACAAGUCAGUGUUUCUGACCUUUGACCCUCUCUUUAUAGGCUGACGCAGUCUUUCUCCACCUCUCCACUCAUUCCUUCCUCUCCUCAUCCUCCACUUAUCCUUCCCACACACUUGCAUGCCCAUUAAAGGGAGUGGGGGGUGUCUUUCUCUUUGGGCAGGAUUGAUUCCAGGCCUGAGACCAGGGUGCAGCGUCUGGACGUCUUCUGAUCUGACUAAAAACUACAUUUAUGAAAGAUCUUGAUGUGACCACUGGUGCGUAAGAUGAGUUUUCAGAGCCCAUGCUCGGGGUACCAACACAGUCUUCUCAUUCACUCCUCUGGCUCAGAUGUCAGAAACUUUCCAGUUACCUCAAAUGCGCACCAUACAUCUGCCAAUGGCUCAUGCUGGGUUCAUGUCAUGUAAUACAAAUUGGAAAAACAGGGUGAAAGGCAGACAUAAAUUCACUGAAAAGUCCACAUCCAAAUGUUUUUUUUAAAUAAACUGAAUUAAAACACAUUUAUUACAUCCAGAAGCUCAUAUUUACAGGAAACCCAUAUUGACAUGAACGCAGCAUCAGAGCUUCUUCUGGCACCUGCCCAUUGAGGACCAAUCAAUCCCAGAUAGAUUAAUUUGAGUAAGAAGAAGCAGGUUCUUGUUAAACUGCCUUUGUACUGAGUGAUUCGUAACACUGGACUGAACUCAGUGUCACACUGCACAUACUAUAAACUAUGACCAGCACUUGUAAUGAAGCAAUGACACAGCAUUCUACUACUAUUGUAUAGAUAUGAUAAAGAGGAUGUUUUUUUCUGUAAUAUUAUUGAAACUGAAGAUGAAUUAAUAAAAAUAAUCCUGAUUAUUCUGUACUA